AGGGUUUGUAAAAUCCACGGAUUUAUGUUGUCUAAAUUGACGGUCUGAUUAGGUUAAAUGCUGCUCUAAAUCUGUUACCAGACUGCCAAUUCUCAGUUAAAUCUUUCAAACGAACAGGCCCUAAAGUAUCCUCCAUUCUACGGAAAUAAAGAUGCGAUCAAUUUGAAAGCAGAGGGAAGGAAACAAUGUUGACGUGCUUGAUUCUAUUCACUCUAUCAGCGAUCUCUCUGUGGCUGGUUUCUUUAUGGAGAAUUUUAUCUUCUUCUUCGGUUCAGGCCAAUUCAUCGUUCCUUUCCAAUUCCGGCAGAGCUGGAAAUGGCAGAAGGAAAAGAAAUGUCCUGCUGGUGGUGGCUCAUCCUGAUGACGAAUCCAUGUUCUUUGCUCCAACCAUUCUUUAUUUGACUUCAAAUGGGCUUAAUCUUUAUAUUUUGUGUAUAUCUAAUGGUAAUGCAGAAGGCAAGGGAAAUAUACGCAAGGAAGAACUUUAUCGAGCUUGUGCAACACUUAAGGUUCCACUUCAACAAAUUAAAAUAGUUGACCAUCCUGAUUUGCAGGAUGGAUUUGGCAAGCCAUGGAGUCAUCAAUUAUUAGCAACUUUUGUUGAAGAAGAAAUAAAAAAACAUUGUAUUGAUGUAUUAAUUUCAUUUGAUAACUAUGGAGUUUCGGGCCAUCCAAAUCACCGUGAUGUUCACAAUGGAAUAUGCAUAUUUCUUCAUAAAAAUGUGGAGAUAAAUAUUGAAGCCUGGGAACUGAUCAGCACGAAUAUUAUUCGUAAAUAUAUCGGCCCUGUGGAUAUAUGGAUUUCGUUAUUGUCAUCUUUAUCUGGUCAGAAUGGAAGCAUCUGUUGCAUGCCAAACCUGCAUCCCCUGAAAUGUUAUCAAGCUAUGGCCGAACAUUAUAGCCAGUGGCUGUGGUUUCGGAAGUUGUUUGUGGUGCUUUCGAGAUACACGUACGUAAACACUCUCAGAAGGAUCAUCUACUAGGCAGUUCGAUUUUGAGAUUCUCGACAGGUUACUAGAGAUACUGAUAGAACGGAAAUGGCUGGGAAUUUGUUGAUGUUUUUAGUAGGGACUUAGGUGCCCUGUUGUCUAUUUGUUCAGUGCCAUAAAAAAAGUGGGCAUUUGCAUGCAUGCCUUACAAUUCCCAAGUAUUUACAUAUUUAGCACCGAAUUUUUACU